GUCGAACUAUAAUUCACACCGCUUCGUGAAGCCAUGGCUCGAGAUGCACUCGAAAUGCCGACCGGAGUGACUGUGUCACUAAGCGUCAAAAUUGGAGUGCCGCUCUGUAACAGCCGUAGCUAUGCGAAGCAACCACCGACCAGUCUCAUGUACGACACUGUUGAAGACUCCUUCGCGUCCCUCCGGUGUCGAAUAUCGGACCGAGUCCAGGCCAUUGUUGUGCAAUAUGACGAGCUUCAAACGACGAAGAAGGUUAAAUCAACGCUCAAAAUCGAACCCGACUUCCUGGUGCUUGUCAAGCCAUCACUCCACACCAAGCAGUCGAACUUUACCGUUGUACACGACGGCAAUUUUAUCGACACGGUCAAACUUGCAUGGACAAAUCACUGUAUGAAGGCAACCCGAGGUGAUUUCGCGCUCGAAGUAUUCGAAUAUUUAGAGAAAAUAUAUCGCAACCCGCAACAGCUUCAUCGCGCAACAACUUCACGCAGGGCUGAAAUGUCAGCUCGAAUUCUUGCCGCGGACCGCGAACGUCAGUCUGGGCCUGCCACCCUUGAGUAUUUGAGCUCGACCUUGGCUCGUCAAGUUGCUGAGCCUGAUGUGGUCAACCUGCCCUCCAACGCAACCAUUAGACAACUGGAGCAUAUCGACGAUUCGAACGCGGACAUUCAAUGCGAGCGGCGACAACGGGCGGCGGCGUCCAUGCAAGAAUACCGUGAAGUCAGAUUUCAGAUCAACGACGACAUUGUUCACAUUCGGGUGAAUGUGAGUGACUUUAGCACUUUGCUUGGACUACCUGGAUACGAUCUCUACGCUCCGUUUCGUGCUCCCAUACCAACAACUGUACCAUUGGAUAACAUUUCAGAUUGUGAUCAUAAGGUCGACAGUGAUUAAUAUAUUUCAGCGAAUUUCAU